AUGCAGCCCGCAGGCUGGGCGGCCGUCAGGGAGGCGGCGGGCCGCGACGUGCUGGCCGCCGACCUCCGGUGCAGCCUCUUCGUCUCGGCGCUGCGCAGCUACAAGCGCGACUCGGUGCUGCGGCCCUUCCCCGCGUCCUAUGCCCGCCGCGACUGCAAGGACUUUGAGGCCCUGCUUGCAGAUGCCAGCAAGUUACCCAACCUGAAAGACCUUCUCCAGUCCUCUGGAGACAAAGACAUACGGACCAGGGACCUGGUGAGCUGGAUUUUAUCCUCAAAGGUCCUGACAAUCCACAGUGCAGGGAAGUCAGAGUUCGAAAAGAUCCAAAAGCUGACUGGUGCCCCUCACACGCCUGUCCCCGUGCCGGACUUCCUGUUUGAAAUUGAAUACUCCAACCCAGCGAACGCCAAAUUUUAUGAGACCAAAGGAGAACGGGACCUAAUCUACGCCUUCCACGGGAGCCGCCUCGAGAACUUCCAUUCCAUCAUCCACAAUGGGCUUCAUUGCCACCUGAACAAGACAUCCUUGUUUGGGGAAGGGACCUACCUCACCAGUGACUUGAGCCUGGCCCUCAUUUAUAGCCCCCAUGGCCUUGGAUGGCAGCGCAGCCUCCUUGGCCCCAUCCUCAGCUGCGUGGCUGUGUGUGAAGUCAUUGAUCAUCCAGAUGUCAAGUGCCAAACGAAGAAGAAGGAUUCCAAGGAGAUAGAUCGCAGGAGAGCGAGAAUCAAACACAGUGAAGGGGGAGACAUCCCCCCGAAGUACUUUGUGGUCACCAAUAACCAGCUCCUGCGCGUGAAGUACCUGCUGGUGUACUCGCAGAAGCAGCCCAGCAGCUACAUCCGAACGCAUCACACGCAAAUGGCUCAUUCUAUGGAGGUGGACACAGCGAGUCAGCCGCUGAAGCAGGACUAGACGCUGGGCCUUUCACUGCUCUCCACUGCCUUGGGAUGCUGUGGAUGCUGUGGCUGGAAUUACAUAGGGGCUCUGGGGGGGGGCGGGGCGUGUGUUUGGAGAGGAGCAGAGGUGUUUUCAUCCUACGCCUGUUUUGGAGAGCAGGCUUGUGGCUGAGCCAUUUCCUGAGGAAGUCAGGCCUCUGGAAAAGUGUUGUUCACCAACCCCUCCUAAAUCAUGGUUUUGGGAGCAGAGCUGGGGCAGCAGGACCUGAGUGCAGCUUUGUUUCUGUCUGGAGGCCAGCGCCCAGCCUGGGCUUGGCAGGCUAUGGGCGGUGCCCGGGGACAGAGGGCAGAGUCCUUGGCAAGGGGGAGCACCCCCAGCGCACGCCAUGCUUCCCUGCCUGUGGGACUCUGGCCUGGGAUUGCGGGGGAGGAGAGAGAUCUCAGCCAGUCUGCAAAAGGAAUUCCUCUAGGAGCCCCCUCUGGCCGCAGACGGAAGGGGGAGGGCGGCCCACAGUGUGGGAGCCCAGGGUAGCCCAGGGGUCUCUGUGGACAGGGUCUCACUCCCAGUCUGUCUCAGGCCUACAGCUUCAUCUUUGUCUAGCUGCGGGUAUCAGUGUGAAUUGAUGUGACUGUUCUGUGUUUGUAUGUCUGGAUGGCUGUAUUUCUGGUCGGAGCUGUCUUUCUCGGCAGGGAAGCGUGUACUUGUGUUUGCCAGCUAGCCUAUCUAUGAGUCCACAUCUCUGUGUAAGCUCAUGUAUGUGGGUCUGUUCAAGGGAACUGCGUAGAUGAGUGAGUCUACAUCUGCCUACAUGCUUCUGCGGGAGUAUGCAUGUGAGCAUUUAGGUUAUUUUGGUAUAAACAUGUACCACUCUUCCUAGAUGUAAGUUUAGCCAUGCAUCUCUGGGAGUCUGGGUAGAUAUUUGUCAGUAAUGUUUUGGUGAGUGCCUGAAAGUGUAUAUGCCUGUCUAUUUACAUUUGUGCAGAAGCCUUCAUUCACUCAUUCAAUUCACUCACAAAAUUAUUUUCUCAUUUACUAAGAGCUAUCUUUAAAGUGCUUGCUCUGUGAACACCGGGCACUGGGAGUUUAGAGAGGUUUCCAGGGUAGCUCCUAAUGUUUGCAAGAACCAGGGCGAGAGUACAAAUGAAGGCUUAAAUUCAUAGGUCUAAAUAUUUAAAUGUUGUAAGUCACAACAACAAACUGCUGAAUAAAAUGCUUAGUCCCAGUAAGCCAGAGGGAUGGAUUUGAUUUUGAAUUCCCAACUCCUCUGACUUCUUCGCUGGAAUUCAGCAACACAGAACAAGGGGCAGUGAUCUGAGUUGGAGUCACUGUCCUAAGCUCAACAAAAGACUCCUCUGUGAUCUGGCCUCAUUUUCCUCAUCUGUAGAAUGGAGGGGCUGCAUGACCAUGUCGUUAACUUACGGGCCUUGCUUGCUUGGUUUACAGAAGGAGUGUGAUUGAUUUCCUGAGUUAAUUAUUUU